AUGAAACAAAUUGAUCCACCUCAGGUCACCUGGAAGCAUUCAUGGGCACUUACUGAAACACAGAAUGCAUUAGCUACAUCUUCAUUUAAUCGCCUUCCUCCUGAAAUUCUCUUACGUAUAUUUCAAUGUCUUUCUGUUCCUGAUCUAUGCAAUGUGUCACUUGUUUGUCGAUUGUUCAAAAUGGUUGCAGAUCAAGAUGACAUUUGGAAAUUAAAAUGCAAUACUUCAACAAAGUUAUAUUCAAAAUCAUUCAAACAAACUUACAUGGAUUGGAUGUAUGAGAAAUAUUUACGAAAUGAAGAAUUAAAACAAAAAUUAAUAAACAUGAGAUCAUAUGGUCGACUAGCAUGUGUCACGUGUCUACCACCACAAUAUCCAGUUCGACCAAUAGCUGAACAUUCACUUGAAUCUGUUGGUGGUUUUAGCCAACACCCAAACUCCUCAAAAGACAUGUAA